AGCGCCUGGGGGGCGUCGCCGUGCCCUGGAGAGAAGGGGCUGUGGGCAGGGGCUGUUUCUUCAGCUUCCCCCAGAGCGGGUGCCCAGCCCCUGGCCUUCUGGGGUGACUCUUGCUGACUGAGCGCUCUGCCGGUGGGCAGUGGGAGGUCUGCGCCCCGUGUUCGUAUCAUGUAAAGCCAUUGAUCUGGUAACAAAAGCGACUGAGGAGGAUAAGGCCAAGAACUAUGAGGAGGCUCUGCGGCUGUACCAGCAUGCAGUGGAGUACUUUCUACAUGCCAUCAAAUAUGAGGCUCACAGUGACAAGGCGAAGGAGAGCAUCCGGGCGAAGUGCAUGCAGUACCUGGACCGGGCAGAGAAGCUGAAGGAUUAUCUACGCAACAAAGACAAACAAAGCAAGAAGCCUGUCAAAGAGUCUCCAAAUGAUAGCAAGGGGAGCGACAGUGACAGCGAGGGCGAGAAUCCGGAGAAGAAGAAGCUGCAGGAGCAGCUGAUGGGGGCCAUUGUGAUGGAGAAGCCCAACGUGCGGUGGAACGAUGUGGCUGGCCUGGAGGGCGCCAAGGAGGCUCUGAAGGAGGCUGUGAUUCUACCCAUUAAAUUCCCCCACUUAUUCACAGGUAAGCGCACCCCAUGGCGUGGGAUUCUGCUCUUUGGGCCCCCUGGCACAGGGAAGUCGUACCUGGCCAAGGCCGUGGCAACCGAGGCCAACAACUCCACAUUCUUCUCCGUGUCAUCCUCGGACCUGAUGUCGAAGUGGCUGGGAGAGAGCGAGAAGCUGGUGAAGAAUCUCUUUGAGCUGGCAAGGCAGCACAAACCCUCCAUCAUCUUCAUUGACGAGGUUGACUCUCUGUGCGGCUCCCGGAAUGAGAACGAGAGCGAGGCUGGCCGCAGGAUCAAGACGGAGUUCCUGGUGCAGAUGCAGGGUGUUGGUCAUAACAAUGACGGGACCCUGGUCCUCGGUGCCACAAAUAUCCCCUGGGUCUUAGACUCGGCCAUUAGGAGAAGGUUUGAGAAGCGCAUCUACAUCCCGUUGCCGGAGGAGGCAGCCCGAGCCCAGAUGUUUAGGCUGCACCUGGGAAACACAUCACACCAUCUGACAGAGGCCAACAUCCACGAGCUGGCCAGGAAGACGGACGGCUACUCGGGAGCUGACAUCAGCAUCAUUGUGCGUGAUGCUCUCAUGCAGCCUGUCCGCAAAGUGCAGUCGGCCACGCACUUCAAGAAGAUGCGAGGCCCAUCUCGAACCAAUCCCAGCAUAACCGUAGAUGACCUCCUGACCCCAUGCUCGCCUGGAGACCCUGGGGCCAUUGAGAUGACUUGGAUGGAGGUGCCUAGUGACAAGCUGCUGGAGCCAGUGAUCUGCAUGUCAGACAUGCUGCGCUCGCUGGCCACCACCCGCCCCACCGUGAACGCCGAGGACCUCUUGAAGGUGAAGAAAUUCUCAGAGGACUUUGGACAGGAAGGUUAAAAGCUUCUGCCGUGGGGUGUGUGGGGGUGGCUGGGCUGGCAGGGCACCCCUUGCAGCGGCAGUGUUUGUGCUUGCAAAGCCCUCGUGCUGGCAGGCGGACGGUGCCAAGGGGAGGCUAAUGUUCAGCUCCUACAAACCCACCUCUCUGUGGGCCCCCAGCUGGCACGUUACGCAGCAGAACUGCCCUGCCAGCCUAUGGAAGGGGCUGAGCAGAGCCCAGGAGCCACCCAGUCCCGCCCCCCCAACUCUCCUUCCCGCUUUUUUCUUUUUUUUUUAAAAUUUUUUUAAAUUAAUGCUGCUUGUUUUGUCUUGUUUAUACAAAAAUAAAAACGAUCCAAAAGCUUC